AUGGCACAUGCCUCCUCGCCUGUUGCCAAAUCCCCUUUACGAACGAGUCCCCCUGAGUACAUCAAGCCUCCCCCUACGGCGAACACGAUUGCCCGCGACUACUUCAAGACCGAACUUGCGACACACCACUCCCCCCUUUCCACGCUUGGCACCGAGACCGUCGUCAUUCUGCACGAUGCCUGCUACGGACACCGCUUCUCCCGGCCCAAGACCUCCAAGGCAGCCCUGAGCACCAUCGUCGAGCGACCAGAGAGAAUCAAGGCCGGUGUGUUGGGAGUAGCAAUGGCGUACGUGCGACUGGGUGAGCGACACUGCGACGGUUCCUACCCUCUCCAUCCGAGUCUGGAUCCCUCCGACAUUCCGAACAUUCCGUUCCGCAUCUACAAGACCGAACGCAGGCUGUCUCUCAACUCACCAGCGGUGACCAACGUGCAUGGGACCAAGUGGAUGGAGGAGCUCAAGACGAUGUGCGAGGUAGCAGAGGCCAAGCUGUCCAUGGGAGGUAAAGAGCUCCAGCGACCGGAGAUGAACCGAGGCGCGGAGGGCCCGCCUGCCAAAUUCCAUGAGGGCGAUCUCUACCUCUGCGCGGAGUCCCAGGAAGCCUUUGAAGGUGCGCUGGGCGCUGUAUGCGAAGCCGUCGACAGGGUCUUUACUUCUGGCCCCCGCAGAGCAUUUGUUGCAGUACGGCCGCCAGGGCACCAUUGCUCGGCUUCUUAUCCCUCGGGUUUCUGCUGGGUCAACAACGUCCAUGUUGGAAUCAUGCAUGCCAUUUUGAACCACGGCUUGACGCAUGCUGCCAUCAUCGACUUCGAUCUCCACCAUGGUGAUGGCUCUCAAGCCAUCACCUGGGCGCACAACUCCCGAGGAGUGAAUAUGGCCAAGAACGCCGCUGCGUGGAAGAAGGCCUCCAUCGGAUACUUCAGUCUCCAUGACAUCAACUCGUAUCCCUGUGAGAUGGGCGAUGAGGAGAAGGUGAAGAACGCAAGUUUGUGCAUUGACAAUGCUCAUGGACAAAACAUGUGGAACGUUCAUUUGGGAUCGUGGGACUCUCCGGACGAGUUCUGGGAAUUGUAUGAGACCAAGUACUCCGUCAUUCUCGAAAAGACGCGCAGCUACUUGAAGACACAGUCUGCUCGUGUGCGUGCUCUCAACUUGCCGCCCAAGGCGGCUAUUUUCUUUUCCGCAGGAUUUGACGCCAGCGAGUGGGAAACCAAGGGUAUGCAGCGUCAUAAUGUGAACGUGCCUACCGAAUUCUACGCCCGAAUUGCCCAAGAUGUCGUCAAACUUGCUGCAGAGGAGGGGCUGAGUGUGGAUGGUCGUGUCAUCAGUGUCCUCGAGGGAGGUUACAGCGACCGCGCGCUGUACUCUGGUAUCUUCAGCCACUUGAGCGGGCUCUCAGGGGACCAGACGGCGGGAGAGCAAUCCAGGGGCCGCUCAUCACUGGGCUACGAAAUGGGACAGAGGAUAGGAGCGAUUCGUGAGGGCCAGCCCAUGGCCACAGAGUCAUCCUCCCCUUCGCUGCACCCCUACAACCCGUCAUGGUGGGCGGCUUCAGAGCUUGACGAGCUCGAGGUGGCGAUGGGAAACCGUCCAGCCAGCCCGAAGAUGAUACGCCAGGUUACGCCAGGAAAUUACUCUACACCUACGGCGGCAUCUAUCGGUAAGGCCGUGGAUCCCACGCGGUUGAGACGGAUGGCCUCUGGUCACGGCAUGGUAUACUCCCGACCGCCAACGCCUCCUCCUCCCGACGUUCAUUGGACCAUCGCGGCUCAUGAGCUGAGCAGAUUGCUCAUCCCCUCCGACCGCCAGGUUGAUAGCUGCAAACCGGAGGAUCUGAACGCGGAGGCAACGAGGGCGCGCAGAGAUCGUCAGUCGAUUCUCAACCCUGACCUCGUGCCGCCAGCGCCUCCCGCCCCUGUUACUACAGAAAGCAGGCCGACUUCUCGCAUGUCGCUGCGUGAGCGCAAACCCGUGACGUACGCAGAAGAAGAUGAUAAGGGCAAGAACAGGCGGAGGACGGUGGCCGGUUCUGCCGCAAUUUCGUCGGAUAAGGCCAACGCCCGAGGUAUCCCCUCUGAGGCCAAUGGAGCAGCCAAACGACCCGGUAGACGUCUUAGUGCUGCGUCAUCUGUGGUUUCUACGGCGACUGCAGCGCCAUACGAGAAUAACGGAGGUCUUUACCGUCCUGACACCUCGAUGAGCGUACGACCUGAUACGUCAAUGACCAUGCGUCCCGGGACUUCUAUGACCAUGCGUCCUGAUACCUCGAUGACCAUUCGCCCCGAAUCGUCGAUGAGUGUUAGGACCACCGCCGGGCCUUCUCUGAACGUAAAGAAAACAAGAGCUCCUGCAGCGAAGAAGGAAGCUCCCAAGACCACACGAACAGUGAAGAAGCCUGCUGUCCCAGCAAAGACCACCCCUCCUCAACCCGGUCAACCGUCUCAGCCGCCUAAGCCCAAGGCAACACCAGCGGCCGCAUCUGAGGACGACAUGGACAAGCUCACUGCCGGUAUGAAGAAGAUCAAGAUCAACUUGAUCACCAAGACUCAAAAGGAAGAGCGGGCAAAGGCUGCUCAAGCAGCCCAGGCAGCCCAGGCAGCCCAGACUGCGCAGGCGGCACGAGCAGCUGAGGCGCAGGCAACACAGCCUGGGCAGACGACGGCAGUGACGCCACCUGCUGUAGAGGUUCCUUCUAUCGAUGCGCCUUUCGUCGAGACUUUUAUUGAGGCUUCUUCUAUCGAGACUCCCUCUGUCGAGGCUCCUUCUGCCGAGGCUCCUUUUGUCGAGGCACCGUCUGUUGACGCGACUUCCUCCGAAACGCCCCCUAUCACCGAAGAGCCGCUCGUUCUCAGCGAGCCACCCGUUGUUGAAGAACAGCAGCCCGUCACACCGCCACCGGUCAACACUCCCCCUUAUGAGUUCCAAGAGCCCAUCAUUACUCCCCCUCAGGAAGAAGCUCCCAUGGUUCUUCCCGAGAACGAGCCCCUUGCUACGCCACCUGUGGGGCCGGUGCCAUCGGAGCGGGAUUACAUGUCAUCGCCGGAUCCUCUGGCGCCGACUCCAAAGCCAAAGACCAUCAUUGAGCAGGCGUCUGCGAACGUGUCGGAUCCCCUUCAGGUCGAGCUGCCUGCCAGUUCGCUAGUCGUGUCGCCGGGAGUGCAGACGCCGUCGGGCACUGAUGUGUUUAUCAACUACCAGCCGGAAGGUCCGGAACCAGUCACCAUGACGCCGCAAGAGCCACUGAAGUGGCUGCCGCCCAACACCAAUACACCUGUCAAAUCAUCACCGGCAAAGUCACCAUCAAAGGUGCCGCCGGCCAAGAAGUCGCCGACUAAGCCAUCGCCCGCCAAGCUGUCACCGCCCAGAGCAUCAUCGUCCAAGGCACCGCUGGCUAAGAUGAAGCGCGCAGACCUUCCUGUCUUCACGUCAAAGUCGACCAUUCCCUUCGCGCAGCCGAAGAAGAACGGCCCUCCCGCCGCCAAAUCUUCAGGUCCCAAACCUGCUGGCGUCAAACCUGGCAUCAAAUCUCCUGGUGUCAAGAAAGAGCCUGCUGUGAAGCCUGAGGCUGGAGAGUCUGCCAAAUCCAUCUGGGAAAUCCCCGAGACGCCGCAGAAGUAG